UGCGAAAAAUUCUUCUCUCGUCUCCCAGGGAGAAAAAAAAAACUACGUUGUAGAAGGGAAAAUGGAGUAGCUUUUCUGUUCUCCCAGGCUCCCAGCACGAAUUGGUGCCCGUUCUGCUCUCGUCCUCAUUGGCGUCAACCAAUUCUGCGUCAGUUUACUGACUCUCCCUUGGUUGCGCGAAGUUCUUGCCUCAUGAGAGUUUUUGUUCGUCCCCGUUUGUUGUCGUGUUUCGAGGAGGAGGAGGAGGCAAGAAGAGUUCCGAUUAGAGAGAAGGAAGAAGAAGAAGAAGAAGGGUUCUGGUUUUGUCGCCAAAGGUUGCUCCUUUUCUCGUCAGGGUUCAAGCUGCCGAGGUGAAGUGCCAUGGCGAAGACGAGGCAAGAGAGAACCAGGAGCUGAAUCGAAUUGAAUUCGAAUCCCCCUCUAAUCUCCAGGUUGCUGUUCAUCUGCUCCUUGGAAAUGGGCUGCUUCGGCCGCGUGAGGGACAAGAUCAAGAAGAGGCGCAAGGGGAAGGUGCCGCACGAGGUGCCAGCGCCGCCGUCGCCGCUCGCCGGUUCGUCCCGUUCCACCGCCUCCACGUCCACGGCCGCCUGCUCCACGGUGUCGUCGUCGGCCGUCGCGACGAGCCAGUCCGAGGAGUCGGUGGCGGCCGCGAGGCCCGCCGCGGGGUGGAGCAGGUCGUUGGGGUCGGUCUCGUCGGCGCGGAGCAUCCCGGAGCUGUACGAGGAGAGGGGCGCGAGCUCCCUGCAGGAGUUCGGGCUCCGGGAGCUCCAGGCGGCGACCAGGGACUUCAGCCGGCUCCUCAAGAUCGGCGAGGGCGGCUUCGGGAGCGUCUACAAGGGCGUCGUCCGGCUGCCCGGCGGGCCCGCCGGUGGCACCGUCGUCGCCAUAAAAAGGCUCAAUCCCCACGGCCGACAGGGUCACAAGCAAUGGCUGACAGAAGUUCAAUUUCUAGGGGUCGUCGAGCACCCGAAUCUCGUCAGGCUCAUUGGAUACUGUGCAGCUCAGAGUGAACGAGGUCCUCAGAGGUUGCUGGUCUACGAGUUCAUGUCGAACAAGACCCUGGAUGAUCAUCUAUUCAAUAAAGCAUAUCCUGUCCUUCCAUGGGACAUCAGGUUGGAGAUAGCACUGGGAGCCGCUGAGGGGUUGUUGUACCUUCAUGAGGGAUUGGAAGUUCAGGUCAUAUACCGUGACUUCAAAGCUUCCAACGUGCUACUCGAUGAGGAAUUUAGACCAAAACUUUCGGACUUUGGAUUAGCAAGGGAAGGGCCAACCGCAGAUAACACUCAUGUGUCCACAGCGGUUAUGGGGACUUAUGGCUAUGCAGCUCCAGACUACAUUGAGACAGGCCAUCUCACAGACAAGAGUGAUGUUUGGAGCUUCGGAGUUGUCCUAUAUGAGAUCCUCACGGGACGCCGUUCAAUGGACAGGAACCGUCCCAAGAACGAGCAGAAACUCCUGGAAUGGGUGAAGCAGUAUCCUGUCGAGACCAAGAGGUUCAGCAUGAUCAUAGAUCCCAGACUCCGGGACCGUUACUCUAAGCAGGGCACUAGAGAAAUCGCCAGAUUGGCCAACAGCUGCCUCGCAAAGCUUGCAAAAGACCGUCCAACCAUGAGAGAGGUGGUGGAGAGCAUGAAGCAGGUGAUGCAGCACAGCGAGUUGGAUGGUGAUGUGGAGGCGUCAGGGAAGAAGAGCUCACCACCUCAUGAGGUUCCUGGGAACCCAACCGCGGACGAUGUCGCCGUGGCGGCAGCAAGGCGGCGGAUGCUUCACCUUGCUGCGCUCGGUGAAAAUGCAAACAGUAUUGCAAGGAGGAGAUUCAUGUUCAUGAGGGCUGCUGCUGCUGCUGCUCCAACUCCAACAUAAGCUUCUGGAAGAGCUGGUGUUCUUGGCUGCUUAUAGUUUGAUGGGUUUGUGAAGAUAUUUUGGAUAUUAGUCAGCUUUUUUAUCGCUACAAAUAUUUUAAAAGAUCCAGAAUUUUGGUUACUUUAGAUUUAUACAUAUAAUACACAGUUCUGUAGGUUAAGUCAAACAUCAGACUUACAGUUGCUACUGUGAGCAGUUCUUUGUAGAUACAAAAUGUAAUAUUGCUUUUUUCCUUUUUUUUUUGUUAUGAGUUAUGAGCUUGUGAAUGUAGACUCAGAAAAUGUUUCCAUGUUCAAACUUUUAUGCUUGAUUUGAUAUUUG